UUCGCUUUUCCCAAUACAAACGCAGAGAUAUCGUGAUCUCUCUCUCUCUCUCUCUUUCCAACUCUUAUCACUUCCGGCGAUCUUUCCCUCCGACGUUCGAUGGACGCCGUCGUCCAUGCUUGUCCACUCUCCAUCACGCGCCUACGCGCACCGCUCUCGGCUUCUUCUCCAACUCUUUUCCCGCCGAGAUUCCUCUCCAUCAACUCCACCUUCUCCCCCACUCUCAGCUCCCUCUCCAACUCCCGAGGUCCUUCAGCUUCCUCCGCCGGCGCCACGUUAACGGCGAAGUCCUCUUCGCCAAGAAGUGGAGUGUACACUGUUGGUGAGUUCAUGACUAAGAAGGAUGACUUGCAUGUGGUCAAACCUACCACCACUGUUGAUGAAGCUCUAGAAAUCCUUGUGGAGAAUAGGAUUACAGGAUUUCCUGUGAUCGACCAAGACUGGAAGCUGGUUGGGCUUGUUUCAGAUUAUGAUUUGUUGGCUCUGGACUCCAUCUCUGGUAGUGGAAGUACAGAAAAUGCCAUGUUCCCUGAGGUUGACAGCACCUGGAAAACUUUCAAUGCAGUGCAAAAGCUACUGAGCAAAACCAAUGGGAAGCUUGUUGGAGAUUUAAUGACACCAGCUCCAGUUGUUGUUGAGGAAAAUACCAACCUCGAAGAUGCUGCUAAAAUCUUGCUCGAGACCAAAUAUCGCAGGCUCCCUGUGGUAGAUUCCCAUGGAAAAUUGGUUGGUAUUAUCACAAGAGGUAACGUGGUUAGAGCUGCACUUCAAAUAAAGCGCGCUGGUGAUAGGAACGCUUGAAUAAGAUACAAACAAAAACCAAGAAAAUAGGUUGUAGAGAGGAAAUCAACAUGGAACAAACAUUAUCCAGAUAAUAAGAGUGAGUGCUCAACAGUGUACCUUGUACUAGAAUUAUAUUAACUUGUAUUACAAGAGUUCCGCAUCUUAUGUCGGUCACAAGGAACUCAGCUUUUGUUGAAGUCUGUCUGGUAAGUGGUAAGUACACUACUUACUUUUUUUUCUUACAGAAUCAGCUUCUCUUUUUGUUUGAUAGGUUAGGUUAUCAGAUUCUUUUGGUAUUUGAUUCUCAAUCCAAUAAUGCUUUUCAAAUUA